UGGAAAAACAGAGGUUAGCAAUGAAGUUUUCAGGAAUUCACAGCCCCCGCGGUUGAAACCCACGCAGAGAGCUUCGGAGCACGCUGCAUUCGACCAACCAAUAAGCUUUCAUUACGAGGCGCGCGGAUGGCCGGAAAAUCAGGGACCACACCGGCGACGUAUUCUCCGUUUCCAUCGCAGAGGGUGAAGAAACCGUCCACUCUCACCGGCGACGAUUGGGUGCGCCCCGACGGCCGCCACUUCUACAGGUGUCGCGAUGCAUUGCUAAACACUGGUGCAGUGAAAGCAGCAUCAGGAUCUGCAUAUGCAGAAUUUGGAAAUACUAAGGUCAUUGUUUCAGUGUUUGGGCCAAGGGAGAGUAAGAAAGCAAUGAUGUACAGUGAUACAGGCCGGUUGAAUUGUAAUGUUACUUAUACAACUUUUGCCACUCCUGUUCGUGGGCAGAUGUCAGAGAAUAAGGAGCUCUCCUCAAUGCUGCAUAAAGCUUUGGAGGGUGCCAUAAUUCUAGAUUCAUUUCCAAAGACCACUGUAGAUGUUUUUGCUUUGGUUUUGGAAUCUGGUGGCAGUGAUCUUCCUGUGAUUAUAUCAUGUGCUAGUCUAGCUCUAGCAGAUGCAGGGAUUUUGUUGUAUGAUUUGGUGGCAGCAGUUUCUGUGUCCUGUGUGGGGAAGAACCUCAUCAUAGACCCCAUAUCAGAAGAAGAAAGCUACCAAGAUGGCAGCUUAAUGAUAGCAUGUAUGGCUUCGCGUAAGGAGGUCACCCAGUUGACUAUCACCGGAGAGUGGUCCACGCCAAAGAUUAAUGAAGCAAUGGAGCUGUGUAUUGAUGCUUGUUCGAAACUGGGGAGUAACAUGAGAGCUUGUUUGAAAAGUGCUGUUUCCGACUCCAAGGAAUAGAAAGAGGAAGGAACGGGGGCAUAAAAGUAUGUACUGUUUUCUUUCUUCCCCCUUAUGCCUACUAAAUUUUGCUACUAAGUAUUUAUCGGCCUGCUUUUUGAUUUAUCUGAUGUUAAUAAAAGUUAUUUUCGGAUAAUUGGGAUUA